AGCCUGCUGUCAUUCUCAUCUGUGAUCGGGCGAUACUUAGCAUGAAAAUAUUGAAUUUUCCACUAAGAAAUUAGUUUUUAUGGUGACGUACAGUGAGUUUUGAGAAAAGUGUAAUCACAGGGCAACUACUGCACUGAAAGCAGAUUCGAUAUUCGUCACGUAUUGAAGAUUUAAAAUAGUGACGUAAUCGUCACCGCUUCGUCUAACAACCGGCACAAGACUGAUCCUGUGAUACCUAUAAUAGAGGCCUCCGCCGCCACCAACGCUGACAAUAACCACUGGGCAUUUAUGGAGAACGAGCACACCUUUUAUAAGGACACUUUUUCAAAGUAGGGGUGGUCCAUGCCCCACGCGGCGCCAGUAACCGCCAUGUCGGCCCCGCCGCGCCACCCACACUUCUACACAGUCGAGGUCGGAGACACACGCUUCACUAUACUCAAGCGCUACCAGAACCUCAAACCCAUCGGCUCCGGCGCACAAGGCAUCGUCUGCUGAUCGAGUUGUAGCGAUGGUACAAACGUUUUACUCUGUCGCGCUGGGCGACGUCGUGUUCUGCGUGCCCACGCGUUACACGGAGCUAGUGCCGCGCGGCACCGGCGCGCAGGGCGUCGUAUGCGCGGCGUACGAUACGGUGACGCAGCAGAAUGUCGCCAUCAAGAAGUUGUCGCGGCCGUUCCAGAACGUCACACACGCGAAGCGAGCAUACCGCGAGUUCAAACUCAUGAAACUGGUCAACCAUAAAAAUAUAAUCGGUCUUCUAAACGCGUUUACGCCGCAGCGAAGCCUAGAGGAGUUCCAGGACGUAUACCUGGUGAUGGAGCUGAUGGAUGCUAACCUCUGCCAGGUGAUUCAGAUGGACCUGGACCAUGAGCGGAUGAGCUACCUACUUUACCAGAUGCUCUGCGGAAUCAAGCAUCUGCAUCUUGCCGGUAUCAUCCACAGGGACCUGAAGCCGUCCAACAUAGUGGUGAAGAGCGACUGCACGCUAAAAAUCCUCGACUUCGGACUGGCGCGGACAGCCGGCACCACAUUUAUGAUGACACCGUACGUCGUCACACGAUACUACAGAGCACCAGAGGUGAUACUGGGCAUGGGGUACACGGAGAACGUGGACAUCUGGUCCGUGGGCUGCAUCAUGGGCGAGAUGAUACGGGGAGGCGUACUGUUCCCCGGCACCGAUCACAUCGACCAGUGGAACAAAAUCAUAGAGCAGCUGGGCACGCCGUCGGCGGCGUUCAUGGCGCGGCUGCAGCCCACCGUGCGCAACUACGUGGAGAACCGCCCGCGCUACACCGGCUACAGCUUCGAGCGGCUCUUCCCCGACAUCCUCUUCCCCACCGACAGCAACGAGCACAACAGGCUCAAGGCGUCGCAGGCGCGGGACUUGCUGUCGCGCAUGCUCGUCAUCGACCCCGAGCGGCGCAUCUCCGUGGACGAGGCGCUGCUGCACCCCUACAUCAACGUCUGGUACGACGAGGGGGAGGUCAACGCGCCGGCGCCGGCGUCAUACGACCACUCGGUGGAUGAGCGAGAGCACACGGUGGAGCAGUGGAAGCAGCUCAUCUACCAGGAGGUGGUGGAGUACGCCGCGCCCCCGCCCCCGCCCCCGCAUCAGCCGCCCCCCGACCACGCUGCCCCCGCGCUCACCACAUAGGUGCCGCGAGUGGCGGCGGUGAAUGCCGCGUGUACAUACGAGUGUGCCCGCGCGACGGAUCCUCGCGCGGGCGACGAACCCGCGACCGAACCGCGCCUCGUACACUCGCGCGGGCACACAUUCGCGGGACGGCUACUUCAACCCGGACCAUUGUAAAACCUUAUUGCCGUUAUUAUUUCAUAAAUAUGCAAGUGAACUAAUAAUUUAUGAAACCUAUUGUAAAAAAGCUAUUUUACCAUUAGAAAGGUACGUUAUCUGAGAUUUAAGCCGACUUCUAUUUAUUCGAAUGAUAUCAGUUGAAAAUGUCCCUUAGCCGUCCCGUCGGUGCGCACUCGCACUCACCGAUCUGUUCGUAUUAUUUCCGAGUUGUUAUCUCGUAUGUUUCCUUUCUCUAAACUAGCCGAGUGGGGUGCGGUUCGAUUCGUUAGGUCGGCGGACGCUUCACCGAUUUUGAUUUGUUUGCGUAAAGCAGUGCCUUCGCGGGUCUCGCCUGAAGCUCGCGGACUGACUUACUUACAAAUAUGUUUCGAUAUUUUUGUAAUCGACGCGACGACGUACGUGCGGAAUGACGCUCGAGCCCCUGAAUCUUGCAAUAUUUUUUUACACUUUGGACGUUUUCGGUUUUAAGUUUUGUAACGUAUGAGUAUAUUGAAUAUAAUGUAAUUAAUCUUAAUGAAUAAUAAAGUUGAGCUUAACGACCUGUGUUGUUACGACGUUUCGACAUUACUUUAGCG